AUGCAAAUAUUGAAGAUACCCUGGCUAGGGCAUAAGGCUGAGAAUAAAAAAGUGGAAUGCUAUACAGUCACCAUCAAUUUUCAAGGAACUCGACUAGCCUCAGGAGGUCUCGAUGGGUGUAUCAAGAUUUGGGAUACCAAUACGAUAAACCUGUUCUUUAAGAUUCUGGAUAAACCAUACAACAAGAACAAAAAAUCUCAACUAACCACGUCCCACCAAACAUCUACUGCCUCUAGUGUCGAUGUGGAGUAUACGCCUGACUUGCCAGAUAAAUCACUACGUCGAGCACUUUGUUCCAUGUCAAGGCAUAAUGGCGUUGUCACAUCAUUGAAAUUUUCUCCAGAUGGACGAUGGCUAGCUAGUGGGUCUGAUGAUAAGAUUGUUUUAAUAUGGGAAAGAGAUGAUUCGCAAACUCCCAACACUUUUGGUGUCGAACAAGCGGAUUUAGAGCAUUGGACAGUGAGGAAAAGACUUGUAGCUCAUGACAAUGAUAUUCAAGAUAUCUGUUGGUCACCAGAUGGAAAUCUAUUAGUCACGGUCGGAUUAGAUCGAUCAAUAAUCAUUUGGAAUGCAUUAACCUUUGAAAAGAUUAAACGAUAUGACAUCCAUCAGUCAAUGGUCAAGGGAAUUGUCUUUGAUCCAGCUAAUAAAUUUUUUGCUACUGCUUCAGAUGAUAGAACCGUACGAAUAUUCCGAUAUUAUAAGAAAAUGAAUGAAUACAAUAAUUAUGAAUUCCAGAUGGAACAUAUUGUCGUCGACCCAUUGAAGAAAUCUCCAUUGACUUCAUAUUUUAGAAGAAUGAGUUGGUCUCCAGAUGGUCAACAUCUUGCUGUACCAAAUGCCACCAAUGGGCCGGUUCCUUCAGUGGCAAUUGUCAACAGAGGAAGUUGGGGAUCGGAUGUAUCAUUAAUUGGACAUGAAGCACCAGUUGAAGUGUGUUCAUUUUCACCUAGGCUAUUCCAAAUUGAUGCAAAUCCAAAUAAAGAUGAACAAAAAUUUCAAACAGUGUUAGCCACUGGCGGACAAGACCGUACUUUGGCCAUUUGGUCAACAUACAACUCUAAACCAAUAGUUGUAUGUCAAGAUAUUGUUGAUAAUUCCAUCACCGAUAUAUGCUGGGCUCCAAAUGGUGAGACUCUAUACUUUAGUUGUUUGGAUGGAUCUGUCACAUGCGUUAAUUUUAGCAAUGGAGAAUUAGGUCAAGUUGUCAGUGAAGAGCUAAUUGACCAGCAAUUAAACAGAUAUGGUGCUGAUCGGGAGUCAACUAUUUUGCCUGAGAGUGUGGAGCAGUUACGAUUGGAGGAAAAUUCAACCGAAGCUAGGGCCAUUGCCAUUAGAAAAAUGAUGCCAAUGGAGACAGUCAAAGCUCAAUUUGAAAAAAAGGAAAAGAUAAGCAGUGCUGAGUCCUUGAAGGUUAAGCCUGUUGGAUCCAAAGAGCAAUCAGCGCCUUUAACUCCCGCUUUAAAGAUAGAUGCAUCCAGAUUACGAAAACAGGCUAUUUCCGUGACUAAAUCAGGAAAAAAAAGAGUGGCACCGUUGCUCGUGUCUUCGUCUUCUUCGUCUUCUUCUUCUAACGUCACUCCAACCAAGUCACUUGUCCAGUAUGAAGUUAAAAAGAGAAAAUUGCAACAUAACUCAAAAUUAUCACAACUGACAUAUGUACUACCUCGACGGGGAUUACAAACAUGUGUUUCUGGAAUCAAGGAGCGUAAUACAUCAUCCACAUUAGGUGCAGAACAAGAAGAAGAUAAUGAUAAUAUGGACAUUGGGGGUGUCAAUGCAUUAGAGGAAGAGAUAAAUACAUCACAACUUUCUGAAUCAGCAUUGAGAAGGCACAGAAAUCGGCAAAAACGCAAAUGGUUGCAAACAAAGUAUCCUCAUUCGUUUAAACACAUUACUCAUCUACCGGAAACUUUAUUUGCCAACAAUGCAUUACAAAAUAUUGCAGUCAACAAAAUUUAUAAAGCAUAUGCUAAUAAUAAGGAUAUUCUGGCAGAAUUAUCUCGAGGUUCAUCCAUUGAUUUUGACGAAGAUUUGAUGUUUUCUGUUGUUGUGAACAAAACAGUGCACAAGCAAGAUGGUAAUGAUGUUUUAGAGGAAUUGAAAGUGGAUAAAGUGACAACUACGGUCGAAGUGCGUAAUGGGAAACCAUGGCAUGAAAAUGCAGCGCAAAAUGAUCGGGAUUUUGAUGAUCCAACCAAAUUUAUUGUUUAUAAUGAUCAUGAUGGUGAAAAUAGACAAUUUACGUUGUUUUUCCCAUUUAGAAUUCAACUGAUUCUUCCUACAUUCGAUGUGGAUCAGUUGAAAUAUUUUGUCUUGUGUUCUUUCAACGGAAGUAUACAAGUUAUAUCUGCCAAGACAGGUAGAUAUAUUUUACCCACUAUUGAGCUACUUGAGAAUGUGAUCUCCAUGAAAUAUGCCAGCGACAAGUUGCUAGUCCUAACCAGUUCGGGACUUUUUUACGGAUGGAAUUUGAAAACAAUGAAAGUUUACAUGAAUAAAGUAUCAAUUGCUACGAUAAUUAACGCAUUUGAAAUUCGAAAUAAAAAACAAGUGAAUAUGCCCAAUGCCAGAGCAUUGGAAAUAAAUCCUAAUGAUGGAACUCCAUAUGUCUUGACUGAUUUUACUAAUGACGUAUUUAGUUAUUCUUUAGAUUUGGAGUGUUGGAUCAAAGUGAUAGAUUCAUGGUAUUUUAAUGUGGGAAAGGAAGAGAUAAAAUGUAAUGUGGGAGGUGAGAGGAUGUAUGAAAGACUGCGGGUAGAGUUUGAAGAAGACGCAUUAAUGGAGAAUAUCAAUACGUAUAAAUUUGACGAUAAUGCAGCUAGCGUAUUAAAGGACACGAUGGUAGGCAGGAGCAAGGAGAUGAUAACAAUGAUGCAAUGA